AUGGGGCUCUACCAAGAUCAGAGGCAGAGCUGGCACUCCAGAGUAGGCAGCCUGACUCUGAGGCCUGUGCUCUUUCCUGCCUCCCCCAAACACAGGUCAGUAGACCUGACUCAUACUGGCUCGACAGAGCCACUGUGCACAUCUCAUCCCACCUCCACAUUCAGUGGCAUCAUGUUGGUAUCUGGACACCAGCAAUGGGGUAUGUACACCACAUCAGCCAACACUACAAACCAGGGUUCUUUUGGGGAGAGAGCUGGUCCCUUAGAACAGCAGUCAUCAACCUUUCGGACUCACAUCCCACCAGUUGUCUGGUUAGCGACCACUGCCUUAGAACACCACUGGGCAGGGAGAACCAAGGCUCCUGACUGUUCUGGCCACUACCUGAACAUAGUGGGUACACACAGCCCAGAGGACCCACUAACUUAA